AUGUUGAGCAAUCAGCCAGGCACCAGUGACUCACACUUCAGGAGGCACCGCCCCAAGACCUUGAAACGUUGCUCAAGAUGGAGGAGGGGGUCACAUUCUGAUGCUGUAUGUGGUCACCGUAAACGAAGGUCUGCGAAGAAGCCUGUGGUAAGGAAGGACUACAGUGCAGACGCAGGAGCCGUCUGCUUCUCGAGAGCUGGUGUGGGGGCUAAGACGAUUGCCAUGUUUGAGGGUGUGCCCCGUCUCCUAACGUGCUUCUGGGUCAUCUUCCCUAGGAAGACAGGGGUUCCCUUUCACAACUUCAUCAGUUGGCAAGACACCAGAGCAUCUGAGUCCGUCAAGUCUUUGAAUAAUUCUCUUCUAAUGAAGCUAUUGCAAAACUCCUGCCGACUGCUUCACUUGGUCAGCAGAAGUCAGCGAAUGUUAACCAUGAGCCGCUUUGUCUUCACCACCCAGCAAGCCUGUCCACGACUGAUGUGGGUUUUGCAAAACGUACCAGAGGUGCAGAAGGCGGUGGAGGAAGACAACUGUUGCUUUGGGACCAUCGACACCUGGUUGUUGCACAAGCUCACAAAAGGUUCGGUCUACGCCACAGACGUCUCCAAUGCUAGCACCACUGGAUGUUUUGACCCAUUCAAGAUGUGUUGGAGCGGGCUCAUCACCUUCAUGACCUCCAUCCCGCUCUCUGUCCUGCCCCCCGUGAAGGACACCAGCUACCAUUUUGGAUCCGUGGAUGAAGAGAUAUUUGGUGUUCCCAUCCCAAUAACUGCCUUGGUGGGCGACCAGCAGGCGGCCAUGUUCGGGGAGUGCUGUUUCCACCGGGGGGACGUGAAGCUCACCAUGGGCACGGGGACGUUCUUGGACAUCAACACUGGAAACCGCCCGCAGCACACGCUGGGAGGCUUUUAUCCAUUGGUUGGGUGGAAGAUUGGACAAGAAAUUGUGUGCUUAGCCGAAGGCAAUGCGGGGGACACGGGCACCGCCAUACUGUGGGCUCAGAAGCUAGAUCUUUUCACAGAUGCUGCUGAAACGGAAAAAAUGGCCAAAAGUUUGGAAGAUUCAGAAGGAGUUUAUUUUGUCCCUUCCUUUAGUGGAUUACAGGCUCCCUUAAACGACCCCUGUGCAUGUGCAGCCUUCAUGGGCCUGAAGCCUUCUACCAGCAAGUACCAUCUUGUCCGUGCCAUUCUGGAGUCCAUAGCAUACAGAAACAAGCAGCUGUACGAGCUGAUGCAGAAGGAGAUCGACAUCCCGGUCACCACCAUCCGGGCGGAUGGAGGUGUUUGUAAGAACGGAUUUGUCAUGCAGAUGACGUCAGACCUGAUCAAUGAGAAUAUCGACAGACCCACCGACUUCGAUAUGUCCUGCCUAGGUGCAGCUUCUUUGGCUGGCCUCGCUGUGGGGUUUUGGAAUGACAAGGAGGAACUGCAGAAGCUGAGAAAAAGUGAGAUGGUUUUCAGGCCACAGAAGAAAUGUCAAGAGUAUGCACUGCACAUGGAAAACUGGGUGAAGGCCGUGAAGCGCUCCAUGAACUGGUAUACCAACAUGUAGCGCUCAGCACCCCAGGAGGGAGGAUGGAUGAUGGACGUGCUGAUAAGCCAAUGAGCCACCACCGCUCAGGGAUUCCCACCCCACCAACAGAGGACCACAUUUAAAAUGGGCUUCACAGCCUACUCUUAAACAGUUGCCAACAACAAAAGCCCAUCUCUUUUUAAACCCAUAUCUUGAUGAAAUUAUAAGGCAGAAUACCUCAAGAUUUUGUCUUCUGUUUUCUAGCCUACCCCAAAGGACCAUCAGCCAUUUCCAACUGUAUUUUCACAGUGUGAGUCCUCCUCUGGUUUUGUGUAGGCUAAUCCCUCUGAGAGCAUAAGUGUUCUGGGUCAAGCACUGGUCACAUUUUGUUCUGAAAUGAUGCAAAAAGUAUUUCUUGAAUUCUUUAAGUGGGCUAUUUGAAAUCCAUAUAACUAAAAAGAGAGGAUAAGUGAGAAAAAUGUAUAAUUUUAAAUUAUUAGUAUGUGUAAAGCCAUAAUGUUUCUAUGUCCCAUCCAAAAAUGACCCAGUAUGUGCCAGAUAAGCUUAUUUGAUAGCCAGUGCUUGCUUUUCGUGAGCAUAAAGAUACUGCCUUAAUUCUGACUCUUGCAGUUCAAAUCUAAGCAUUUGUUAUAUGUUGAAAAACACUGAGAACCUAAUUGUAGUUCAUUUUAGUUUUGUUACUGCACAGGAUGUUAAGGGCUGGUGUGAUCAUGCACUCCUGUAAUAUCCCAGUACUCCAGGAGGAUUAAGAGUUGUAGACAAACCUGGGCCACAGAGGGCCUGUAACAGAGGAUGUUUAUCCUUGUUGUGUGUGUGUGUGUGUGUGUGUGUGUGUGUGUGUGUGUGUGUCAAGGUUCUUGCUCUGGAGCUCAAGCUAUUGUUGAACUCUUCAUUCUCUCACCUCAGCCUCUCAAGUGCUGGAAUUUCUGCCUUGAGCCAGAGUGCUGAACUCUGUGACAGAUUCUUACUGAAUCAAAAAAAAACCACCCCAAA